CCAAGUCGGAUUCGGAUUCGGAUGCUGCUGAUGUUGUAAUCUUAAAACUGGCAGCGUCGUGCGACAGGCAAAUCAGUUUCAAUUCAAUAGCCAACGCAAUGGCAAUCGUCGGCACGCGGACCUUGCUGCUGCUCUUGAUCCACUGCAGCUGGAGUGGGGCACGUAAUUCGCAGAGCCUGCACGUGCGCCUGCCGCACGGCGGCUGGCUGAUCGGCCGCCACCUGACCACGCACAAUGGCCGCCACAUGAGAGCCUUCAUGGGUGUGCCGUACGCGGUGCCGCCGUUGGGCGACCUCCGCUUCCAGCCACCCCUGGCCGAGCCUGGCUGGGAGGGCGAGCGGCUGGCGGUGAAGGAUGCGCCCAUAUGCAUGCAGCGGGAUCCCUUUCGGCGCGACAUGCAAAUCGAGGGAUCCGAGGACUGUCUCUAUCUGAAUGUGUACACGCCGGAGAACACGAUCGACGCGACGAACAGCACGCUGCCCGUGAUGGUCUGGUUCCAUGGCGGCGGCUGGCAGUGCGGCUCUGGAGUUAGCAGCUUCUACGGGCCGGACUUUCUGCUGGACCACGACGUUGUCCUGGUGUCCGCCAACUUUCGUCUGGGGCCGCUGGGCUUCCUCAGCACAGAGACGCUCGACUGUCCGGGCAACAAUGGGCUCAAGGAUCAGCUGGAAGUGCUGCGCUGGGUGCACACCAACAUCGCCUCCUUUGGCGGCAAUCCGCAGAGUGUGACCGUCUUCGGAGAGAGCGCGGGCGGAGCGAGCGUCACCUAUCACAUGCUGUCGGAGAAGUCGCGCGGCCUGCUGCACCGCGGCAUUGCCCAGUCCGGCACCUACUUCAAUCCCUGGGCCCAGCCCGCGCACAAGGGUGUGGCCGCCAGGCGAGCCACCAAGCUCGCCGAGCUGGUGGGCUGCGGCUCCGCCGGAGAGUGGGCAUCCAAGCUGAAGUGUCUGCGCCAGAAGCCAGCCAAGGACAUUGUCGCAUCGCUGUACAACAUGUUUGUCUGGGACUUUGAUCCCAUGAUACCCUUUCCCCCGGUGAUAGAGCCCGAGCAUGAGGAGGCAUUCUUGACGGUGCCGCCGCGCCAGGCGCUGAGGCCGCAUGGACUGGAGCUGCCGCUGCUGGUGGGCGCCACCGCUGAGGAGGGGCUGCUGAAGACGGCGGCCUUGCUCAAUCUGCCCCAGCUGAUGGACGACUUCAAGGCGCAGUUCGAGCAGGUGCUGCCCGUGGUGCUGAACUACGAUCAUCACGAGAAUGCCGUGCAGCAGCAGAUAACGAAGCGCAUCGAGGACUUUUACUUCAAGGCGGGCCACGACUACGACAAGUCCAACCAUCAGAACCUGACCGAUCUCAUUUCGGAUGGCUGGUUCGUUGCGGGCAUUGAUGAAUACUUACGUCUGCGCCUGUCCCAGAGUGGCGGUCCCACAUAUGUGUACCUGUUCGAUCACAAGGGAGCCGCCAGCUUCUCGGAGAUCUUCAAGGGAGAGCGCAAUGAGUUCUACGGCGCCUGUCACGCUGAGGAGCUGCAGUAUCUGUUUCCCAUUGGCCGUGAGCUGUUCGUGAGUGCGGUGCCCACACGCCAGGAUCUGGAGCUGCGCGAACUUAUGCUGAACAUCUGGGUCAGCUUCGCCCGAACGGGCAAUCCAAAUCCAACGAAUGCCUCACUAAACCUGCCCAUAUGGCAGCCUUCGUCCAGUUAUCCGGUGGAGUUUGUUCGUCUGGGCAGCAAAGCUGAUGACGCAGAAGCUGAGUCGCUAUUCCGCAUUGAGGCCGAGUUGAUGCAGCAGCGCGUUAAUUUUUGGCGCGACCUGGAGCCGCAUGUGCCCGCCACACAUCGACACAAUGAGCUAUAAUCCAAUGAGUCUAUCUUUAUGCAUAUUUACAUUAUUUUAUGUUAUUAUAUAUAUCGGUGCAUGGGCGCCCACUGCAAGUGAAAGAU